CUCUCGUGCCCGGUCCCCCGCCCCGGAGACUCCUCCUUAGGAAGAGGCUGCCCGGGAGAAGGGGCGGCCCACCGGGAACUGGGCCUCCGACUUCGCCCCCGCCGCCAGGCCCCGGCUGCGGCGCGCAACAGGGACGAAGGCGGGCGCCGCGGCGACCGGAGAGUUCCCGAGGCCGGACGCGGCCUCACCCGCCGGGUGGCUCUCGGCAGGACAGGGGCGCAGCGCCACCCCCGCGGGUCCCGGGGCCUCUGCGAGCUUGUGGCCGGGAGGGCAGCGCCGGGGAGCCCGGGCGGCGGCACCAGCCUCGGGCGCAGAGGGGAUUCUUGCGGUGAACGUUUUGCAGGAAUGUAAAUGAAAUCUUGAGACAAAACCAGGAAGCAGACGACCCCUACCUACUCGUGGAUUGGAAGAAAGAGGGGAAAACCGAAAGUUGCCGCGCCAGAAGCAAUCUCUCCGGGGAGCCCUUUUUUUUUUUUUCCUCGCGCAUCCCCGGAGCCGCAGUCGCCUCCGCAGGGAGGAUCUAAGGAACCUCGGCCUCCGAAAGAGCCGGAGACCGACCCUUGAGGAAAGAAGUCCGGAUAAUCCCAGCCCGAGGCAAAGCGGCGGCGCUUUCCUGCCCGCGCUCCUGGAGACACCUUCCUCCCCGAGCACUCCCUGGCGAUUUCAGAAGAGAAGGGGGACGCGAGGAGAGCGAGCGCGGCCGGCGGUGCACCAUGGGCCGGCGGUGCGCCCUGGCUCUCGCCGUGCUCUCGGCCCUGCUGUGCCAGGUCUGGAGCUCCGGGGUGUUCGAGCUGAAGCUGCAGGAGUUCGUCAACAAGAAGGGGCUGCUGGGGAACCGCAACUGCUGCCGCGGGGGCGCGGGGCCGCCGCCGUGCGCCUGCAGGACUUUCUUCCGCGUGUGCCUCAAGCACUACCAGGCCAGCGUGUCCCCCGAGCCUCCCUGCACCUACGGCAGCGCCGUCACGCCGGUGCUGGGCGUCGACUCCUUCAGCCUCCCGGACGGCACGGGCGCGGACCCCGCCUUCAGCAACCCCAUCCGCUUCCCCUUUGGCUUCACCUGGCCGGGAACCUUCUCUCUGAUCAUUGAAGCUCUCCACACUGAUUCUCCUGAUGACCUCGCAACAGAGAACCCGGAAAGACUCAUCAGCCGCCUGGCCACGCAGAGGCACCUGACGGUGGGCGAGGAGUGGUCCCAGGACCUGCACAGCAGCGGCCGCACAGACCUCAAGUAUUCCUACCGGUUUGUGUGUGACGAACACUACUUUGGGGAGGGCUGCUCCGUCUUCUGCCGCCCCCGCGACGACGCCUUCGGCCACUUCACCUGCGGGGAGAGAGGGGAGAAAGUCUGCAACCCUGGCUGGAAAGGCCAGUACUGCACUGAGCCCAUCUGCUUGCCGGGGUGCGAUGAGCAGCAUGGGUUUUGUGACAAGCCCGGGGAAUGCAAGUGCAGAGUGGGCUGGCAGGGCCGGUACUGUGACCAGUGCAUUCGGUACCCCGGCUGUCUCCACGGCACCUGCCAGCAGCCCUGGCAAUGCAACUGCCAGGAAGGCUGGGGGGGUCUUUUCUGCAACCAGGACCUGAACUACUGCACACACCAUAAGCCCUGCAAGAAUGGGGCCACCUGCACCAACACGGGCCAGGGAAGCUACACUUGCUCUUGCAGGCCUGGGUACACGGGGGCCAACUGUGAGACGGAGGUGGACGAGUGCAGUGCCAGCCCCUGCAGGAAUGGAGGGAGCUGCACGGACCUCGAGAACAGCUACUCCUGCACCUGCCCGCCUGGCUUCUACGGCAGGAUCUGCGAGCUGAGUGCCAUGGUGUGUGCCGACGGCCCCUGCUUCAACGGGGGACGGUGCUCGGACAACCCCAAGGGAGGGUACACCUGCCGCUGCCCUGGGGGCUUCUCUGGCUUUAACUGUGAGAAGAAAAUGGAUUCCUGCAGUUCCUCACCCUGUUCCAAUGGUGCACAGUGCGUAGACCUUGGCGAUGCUUACGUCUGCCGCUGCCAGGCCGGCUUCUCUGGGAGGCAUUGUGAUGACAACGUGGACGACUGUGCCUCUUCCCCGUGUGCCAACGGCGGCACCUGCCGGGACGGCGUGAAUGAGUAUUCCUGCACCUGCCCCCCCGGGUACACGGGCAGGAACUGCAGCGCCCCCAUCAGCAGGUGUGAGCACGCACCCUGCCACAACGGGGCCACCUGCCACGAGCGGGCCCUCCGCUACCUGUGCGAGUGCGCCCGAGGCUACGGGGGCCCCAACUGCCAGUUCCUGCUUCCCGAGCUGCCCCCGGGCCCCGUGGUGGUGGACCUCACCGAGCAGUACGUGGAGGGCCAAGCCGGCCCGUUCCCCUGGGUGGCCGUCGGCGCGGGCGUGGUCCUCGUCCUCACGCUGCUCCUGGGCUGCGCCGCCGCCGUGGUCUGCGUGCGGCUGAGGCUGCAGAAGCGCCGGCCGCCCGCCGACCCCUGCCCGGCGGAGGCGGAGACCAUGAAUAACCUGGCCAACCGCCAGCGGGAGAAGGACGUCUCUGUCAGCGUCAUCGGGGCCACACAGAUCAAGAACACCAACGAGAAGGCGGACCUGCACACGGAGCCCGGCGCCGAGAAGAACAGCCUCAAGGCUUGCGGCCCCGCCGUGGGCUGUAAGCUGCUGCAGGGCCGCAAGGGUGCCGCUGCCCCUGGGGAGCCCCCCAGCCAGCGCGAUGCCAAGUGCCAGCCCCAGGGCUCUGCGGGGGAGGAGAAGAGUGCCCCGACCCUCCGGGGUGGAGAAGCAGCUGAAAGAAAAAGGCCGGACUCUGUGUACUCCACUUCGAAAGACACAAAGUACCAGUCGGUGUACGUCAUAUCCGAGGAGAAGGACGAGUGUGUCAUCGCAACUGAGGUGUAAAGCGGAGGUGAUGUGGCGAAUUCCCGUUUCUCUUAGAAUACGUGAACUUCCAAGGAUAUCUGCCCCGACGAUGCUGCUGAGAGGAGCGGAGCUGCUCGUGACUGCUGCUGGGAAGCCAGGCCCUCUUCCUGCCGAGGGGCGGCCGGCAGGCGUUCCAGGCGCCUGUCGCACUGCCUUUUAGGACGUUUCCAUUGCACUAUGGACAGUUGCUUUUAAAAGAUAUAUAUUUAAAUGAAUGGACUUGAUCACUACGUAAGAAGCACGCACUGCUUGAAGUGUAUAUUUUGGAUUCUUAUGAGCCAGUCUUUUCUUGAAUUAGAAUCACAAACACUGCCUUUAUUGUCCUUUUUGAUACU